CAACAUCCAUCUUCCCCUGUGUCGAACGGUUUGGGGAAUGGACGUCGCAAGUCUCAUCGCAAAUGUAGGGGCCAGUGCUACAGGGUCCAUCAUCUCGAAGAUCACUUGCUACCCGCUCGAUACGAUAGCGGUGCAAUAUCAAACCUCAACGCGGCGACCUCUCCUCUCCGUCCCACUGAGAGCAUACUACCGCGGCAUCGGCGUCACCAUCCUGACCGUCACCCCCGCCACAGCAGUCUACCUCACCACCCGAGAAGCGACUCAGAUCGCUCUCCUGCCACACCUAGGCGACAGUUCACUCAACGAUGCCCUCUCAGGAUGUAUCGCCGAGCUCGCCGGCAGCGUGCUCUUCACCCCCAUGGAAGUGCUAAAAGCGCGACUCCAGAUCUCGCGUUCAGGGCGUGAAGGCAAAUUGCUGUAUCAGCUCCGCAAUAUUGCUGCUAAAGAGGGCUUUCGAGGCUUCUAUAGAGGCUAUGUUAUGGGGAUUGCGAGUUAUAUCCCGUUUAACAUCCUCUGGUGGACGACGUAUGGGAAUGUUCGGCGGGGGAUGCCGGAUAGGAGUGUACAGACUCAGAUUGCGUGUGGAGCUGGUUUAGCUGCCGCGACGUCUGCGGCGUUUAUUCAUCCUCUUGAGCUGGUGAAGACGAGGUAUCAGGUUGCGACGAGCGAUACUGUUGCAGCGGCUGGUGUGGUGACUGGUACGAGGAACUCGGAUCGAGAGGGGUUGAGGCAGGUGGUUAGGAAUGUGAUGAGGGAGAGUGGACCGAAGGGGUUCUUUGCCGGGUUCUUGCCGACGCUGUUGAGGAGUGUGCCUAGUGCGAUUAUUAUGAUGAGUGUUUUUGAGCAUCUGAAAGCGAAGAGGAAGGAUACGGGUCAGGAGUCUGCGUUGUGAAAUUUUAGACUAGAUGGAUGGCUGCAUGGGCUGCUGGAUCUUAGAAUUUAGGUCUGCCAUCGAGGGUUACCAGAUGCUCUCUUUCGGCUCAAUUAAGUGCAUUUGGGUUUUUAUGGUCGUUCAUAGAAUGUACAAUAUGAUGGCUACCUGCGCUUGAUUGGCCAUUCUUGAGCAGCCGGAAGUCAUGUUUAAUUCAGGAUGCUUUUUGAAAGACAAAUUACUGAUAGGAGACCAGAUCGAGAAUCAACAAAGCCUGGAUGAAGGACAGCGAGUCCAUGCAGCUUCCGGAGGAUGCUACCUACGAGCCGAUCUCGCUCUAUCCUCCGUCUAUCCCUCCAAACCACCAGAUUUCGUACCCAGUACGCCGCUUCCACCUACCCAACCCACCCAUCAAAAUCUAAACAGCACCACCACAACCCUACAAAACAGCUUUCUCCCCCUCGAUCUGGCCACCCCCCUCACCCUCCUCGCCCUUCUCAACCACCUCUCCCCCACCUAUCCCCAUCCCCAACCUCCCCCUCUCCCCCACCACCCACUCCACCAGUAUCUCCGGACAAACCACCAACCCGCUCAAUUCUUCCAGCAAAACAUCCCUAUCCCAAACCUCACACAUAAUCCUCCUAAUGCCCGUCGAACUAAUCCCAUUACUCGCACUCCUCUCACUACCUCUAAACCAUAUAACCGGCUCCCCAGGAACCGUCAACGCUUUGCAACUCCAUAGCUGUCCGAUACGACGCUCCUUGUUGAUGCUUUCCGAAUCGAGAGGGCCGCGCUGCCAGGGUGUGCAGUUGGGGAGGUUGGAUGGGGGGUUUUCAGAGGAAGGGGAAUGGUUGUUGAUGGCGAUGUCGAUGUUGAGCUCUUCGACUGAGAUGGGGUUUGGAUCCUGAGCUUUCUCCUCUUUCUCAAGGCCAGCUUCCCAGGGGUUAUAAAAAUCAACAGGCCGCCUUGCAUUCAUAAUAAGGAACUCAUCGACAGGACCCCACUCUAUCAACUCUCCUGGUUUCUGGUGCGGCGAGCUGUGAAUGGAGAGUUUAUCGCCGCCGAGGAAACCGGUUAGUGUGGCUGGGAUUGAGGGAGAGGAGAGGGAGGAGGAGGAUUUGAUUAGGUCGGUUAAGUGUCGCAGGAAGGCGAUGUGGCUUGUCAUUGAGCCGGUGAGGAGCUUGAGGAAGCCGGUUGCGAGGAGGGGGG